AUGAUGAAGUGUAAGCUGGAGGCCGGUGUGGUGGAGGUCAGUGGCGGAGGUCUCCCUGACGAGUACUCCACAAUUCAGUUUCACUUCCACUGGGGACGGGAGGACCUCGAGCACUUUCCUGGGUCGGAGCACUCCAUCGAUGGCCACAGAUACCCCAUGGAGAUGCAUAUUGUCAGUCUGAAGAAAGGCUAUAACGCAGCUCAGGCCAAAGCAGAUCCGGAGGGCCUAUCAGUGCUGGGAUUCUUUAUUGAUUACGAUAGUCAUGUAAUCUUGGUUGGUGAAUGGUCUCCUAUUUCCCAUUUAGGUGAUAACACAAGUCGCUCCGCAUUGAACAUCUCCAUUCAUGACUUACUGCUGGACGUCGACCUGACCAAGUACUAACGUUACAAAGGCUCACUGACCACGCCUGGAUGUGAUGAGGCUGUGGUUUGGACUGUUUUUCAACAGCCAAUCCGCAUCAGUGAAGAUCUGAUCCUAAGAUUCGCACAGCAGACAGGAGAUUCUGACUUGUAUCGCCCCCAGCAGUCACUCCAUGAACGCAAUGUUUAUGCUUCAGCAACCCUGGGUGCCGCAAUUUCAGCUGAAUCUGUAAAUGCUGUGCUAAAGGAAGGCAUGGUUAGGGUAGGAGGAGGGGGUCUGCCUAACGUGUACGACACCCUACAGUUUCACUUCCACUGGGGGAACAGCUCAGCGCAUGACUUGGCUAGCUCCAACCACUCAGACAGCACAGAGUCUGAUGGCAGUGAUAGUUCGGACCAAGGCUCUGCUAGCAGUUCUGGGGGGUCAGAGCAUGCACUAGACUCUGAGGUCUACCCAAUGGAGAUGCACAUUGUGAGUAGGAAUGAAAACCUAUCAGCAGAUGCCGCUCCAAGUGACGCAACAGGUUUCGCAGUGCUGGGCUUUUUCAUUCAGACAGCACCAUUGAACUGCACCAGGACAUAUCUCUUAAGGCCCUCAUUGGGGAUGUGGAUCUUACAAAGUACUACCGAUACCAGGGUUUCACCACCACUCCCACUUGCAACGAGGCUGUAA